AUGGAUGGUAUAGCCCCGCCAGCUAUUAUUACUGACCAGGAUAGAGCAAUGAAAAAUGCCAUUUCUAUUGUAUUUCCAAAAAGCAGACAUAGAUUUUGCCUGUGGCAUAUUCUGAAAAAAGUCCCCGAGAAGCUUGGUUCCCAUCGUGCCUACAAAAGUGGCUUGAAAACCCAGAUGAUGAAAUGUGUUUAUGACAGUCAAACCAUUGAAGAGUUUGAGAAAUCUUGGAAAGAGUUAAUUGGCGCGUACAACUUGGCUAAGAAUGUGUGGUUGCAAAGUUUGUAUGCUGAGCGCACGCAUUGGGUACCGGUAUUUCUAAAGGAAUAUUUUUGGGCUGGCAUGAGUACAACACAACGGAGCGAGAGCAUGAAUGCAUUUUUUGAAGGAUAUGUUCAUGCGAAGACAAACUUGAAAGAGUUUGUCGACCAAUUUGACAAUGCCUUGAGGAAGAAAAUGGAGAAUGAAAUCAGCUCGGACUUCCAAUCUUUUAGCGUUACAAUUCCAUGCAUAUCUAGAUCUCCGAUCGAGAAGAGAUUCCAACAGUUGUACACGAAUGCAAAAUUCAGAGAAGUGCAGAAGCAAGUUAUGGGUCUAGUCGAUAUGGACCCAUCUCUACUUAGACGAGAUGGUGUGAAGAAGACCUAUCUGGUAGAAGAUGAAGUGCUAGUUGACGAGUUCACUAAACAUGUUAACUUUCAUGUGGACUUCAAUGAGGAAGAUUGCGAUGUUAAGUGUUCAUGUGGGUUAUUCCAGAUGAGGGGGAUACUGUGCAGGCAUAUCUUGGCCAUAUUCAAAUGUAACGGGAUAAAAACUGUGCAAGAUAGAUACAUUUUGAAUCGAUGGAGAAAGGACAUCAAACGGAGAUACACGUUAAUCAGCAGUACAUAUGACACAGGGUCUCAGCGGGAAGAUAGUAACAGAUAUUCAAGUCUAUUGAAUAUCUGUUACCGGAUGAUUACACGUGCAGCGGGUUCGAAAGAGCAUACUGAGGAUGCAAUGGCAAAGUUGUAUUCUAUGAUUGAGUUGUAUGGUGACACCCAAGAACCCCCUUCAAUUCCCAAAUGCCAGACCAAUGUUGAUGGUACAUCAAAUAACAUAAAUGACGUGCCAAGUGAAAAAAUUGUACUCAGUUCACGAGUUGUGCGCGGAAAAGGCAGACCCCAUCUCUGA